AUGUCGAACUAUCAAGAAAUUGUGAACUUGAAUGUCGGUGGUACAAGCCGAUGUGGUAGAGGACAUUCUAGGGCAGCUUCUCUUGGUAACGCAGAUUGUCACAAAGGACUUCGUCCUCCAGAGGUAAAUACCUGGUCAGACAGCAUGAAGGUCCAAAUAAUAAAAGCACAUCACAAUUGGAUAGCAGUCGCUUAUUCACAUUUUGUGACCGGAUACAGAUUAACAGACUCUUGUGGUUGGUAUGUGGUAUUCCAAUCUCCUGUACAAGAGUCGUUGAUAGAGAGAAUAGCGUUGAACGCAAAAACAGGUGGUGGUGGAGCUAAUAACAGUGGAAAUAAUGCUUCGGGCACUGAUGUUAUGCUGGGCAUAGCCAGUGGGUCUCUUGUCCGAUUGUGGGCGUUUUCCACACAUGGGGAGCCUGUUAGAAGGACUUUAAUAGGAACAUUCAACCUAGGCGUUAGGGUGGAACAUCUUUUAUUCGUGGGUCCGCAACUAGUGGCUUUAAGCGGCGCCGGCAGUCGCAGCAAAGCCGGCGUCUGGCACACGAGUACGCAACACUGGCAGACGCAAGACGUGGCACAUCUUACCACGUACGAUACGGCUGGCUCAUUCUUGCUGCUUGGCACUGCCACCGGUGCUAUUAACUAUAUUGACAUGCAGAAGUUCCCACUGCGUAUGAAAGACAAUGAUCUCCUAGUAACACAACUUUAUAAGGACCCCAAUCAAGAACCCAUCACUGCAAUAUCAGUAUAUCUCACACCAAAAACGAAUCUCUGCGGGAACUGGAUCGAGAUAGCAUACGGCACGCGCUACGGCUCCGUGCGGGUUAUAGUGCAGCACCCCGAGACCGUGGGCCACGGGCCGCAGCUGUUCCAGACCUUCACGGUGCACCAGAGCCCUAUCACCAAGUGCAGCACCCCGAGACCGUGGGCCACGGGCCGCAGCUGUUCCAGACCUUCACGGUGCACCAGAGCCCCAUCACCAAGGUUAGUGGGUCACAAGUGGCACAGAUCUCUGCGGCACUGGAUCGAGAUCGCAUACGGCACGCGCUACGGCUCCGUGCGGGUUAUAGUGCAGCACCCCGAGACCGUGGGCCACGGGCCGCAGCUGUUCCAGACCUUCACGGUGCACCAGAGCCCCAUCACCAAGGUUAGUGGGUCACAAGUGGCACAGAUCUCUGCGGCACUGGAUCGGAUCGCAUACGGCACGCGCUACGGCUCCGUGCGGGUUAUAGUGCAGCACCCCGAGACCGUGGGCCACGGGCCGCAGCUGUUCCAGACCUUCACGGUGCACCAGAGCCCCAUCACCAAGGUUAGUGGGUCACAAGUGGCACAGAUCUCUGCGGCACUGGAUCGGAUCGCAUACGGCACGCGCUACGGCUCCGUGCGGGUUAUAGUGCAGCACCCCGAGACCGUGGGCCACGGGCCGCAGCUGUUCCAGACCUUCACGGUGCACCAGAGCCCCAUCACCAAGGUUAGUGGGUCACAAGUGGCACAGAUCUCUGCGGCACUGGAUCGGAUCGCAUACGGCACGCGCUACGGCUCCGUGCGGGUUAUAGUGCAGCACCCCGAGACCGUGGGCCACGGGCCGCAGCUGUUCCAGACCUUCACGGUGCACCAGAGCCCCAUCACCAAGGUUAGUGGGUCACAAGUGGCACAGAUCUCUGCGGCACUGGAUCGGAUCGCAUACGGCACGCGCUACGGCUCCGUGCGGGUUAUAGUGCAGCACCCCGAGACCGUGGGCCACGGGCCGCAGCUGUUCCAGACCUUCACGGUGCACCAGAGCCCCAUCACCAAGGUUAGUGGGUCACAAGUGGCACAGAUCUCUGCGGCACUGGAUCGGAUCGCAUACGGCACGCGCUACGGCUCCGUGCGGGUUAUAGUGCAGCACCCCGAGACCGUGGGCCACGGGCCGCAGCUGUUCCAGACCUUCACGGUGCACCAGAGCCCCAUCACCAAGGUUAGUGGGUCACAAGUGGCACAGAUCUCUGCGGCACUGGAUCGGAUCGCAUACGGCACGCGCUACGGCUCCGUGCGGGUUAUAGUGCAGCACCCCGAGACCGUGGGCCACGGGCCGCAGCUGUUCCAGACCUUCACGGUGCACCAGAGCCCCAUCACCAAGGUUAGUGGGUCACAAGUGGCACAGAUCUCUGCGGCACUGGAUCGGAUCGCAUACGGCACGCGCUACGGCUCCGUGCGGGUUAUAGUGCAGCACCCCGAGACCGUGGGCCACGGGCCGCAGCUGUUCCAGACCUUCACGGUGCACCAGAGCCCCAUCACCAAGGUUAGUGGGUCACAAGUGGCACAGAUCUCUGCGGCACUGGAUCGGAUCGCAUACGGCACGCGCUACGGCUCCGUGCGGGUUAUAGUGCAGCACCCCGAGACCGUGGGCCACGGGCCGCAGCUGUUCCAGACCUUCACGGUGCACCAGAGCCCCAUCACCAAGGUUAGUGGGUCACAAGUGGCACAGAUCUCUGCGGCACUGGAUCGGAUCGCAUACGGCACGCGCUACGGCUCCGUGCGGGUUAUAGUGCAGCACCCCGAGACCGUGGGCCACGGGCCGCAGCUGUUCCAGACCUUCACGGUGCACCAGAGCCCCAUCACCAAGGUAUCCCUAUCCGAGAACUACCUAAUAUCAGUGUGCAGCGAGUACAACCACGUGCGAUCGUGGCGCGUGACGCGCUUCCGCGGCAUGAUAUCCACGCAGCCCGGGACCACGCCCAAGGCUGCCUUCAAGGUGCUGGCGUUGGAAGCGCCUACCGCCCAGCCCCAUAAUGACUGUGGACCGUUCGGUGAACAAGAUGAGGAGCAAAUAUUUAUACAGAAAGUUGUACCUGACACUGACACGUUAUACGUGCGAUUGGCAUCUAAUGGAAAGAGGGUGUGCACAAUAAGAUCUGUGGACGGCUCAGCGGUGUCUUGCUUCGUGGUGGCCGAGUGCGAAGGCGCCCUCCGACCGAGGAGGCUGUUGCUAUGCGGCCAUAGAUCCGGCGCGGCGCAGAUGUGGGACCUCACCGCGCCCAUAGACAAGGCAGCUAAGCCAGUGCAGCCUGUGGCUGGAAAUGGAGGCAGCGGAGGUGAAGGCGAGGAAUCUCCAGUACCAGACGGCGGACCCACACCAGACGAGUUAGUGCGACUUUUAUCCGCCUGCGACUUAGACGCGUCGCCCGCGCCGCCGGUACCACAGUCGCCAAAUCGGCCUAUACAAGCACCAUGAAGCUCGACACUGUGCCACCCGAUACUCAGGCUCUUCUCUGCUCUGCUACACACGUGACGUCACGCGGCGAUUGACUGUGCGACCAGUGACG